GAUGAAACGGAAGGGAACAGCGCUCGCAACCGCACUCGACGGAUGAAAACUUAUCGAAAAUACAAAGAAAACAACAACAAUUGACAGUAGCUUCCGACUCCAUCUGCCAAUUAUGGUUCUGGCUUUAAUAUCCUCGAUAUAAAUCUACUCCUUUUGUAUUAUUAUUUGCACAGAUUUUUGUAUACGCCCAAAUUAGUUCGUCCACACAAAUACAAGGCUGUGCACCCCUGCCAACAAUACCAACUGUCACACAAAAAAGACAUGACAGCUGCAAAAAAUAUGACAGCACUGUUGCUACAAGUACUAAAUUUUUUUUAUCAACGGUCAACAUUUUUUCUAUUAUUUUCCAAACUCCAGUAGAAAAAAAAAUAAAAUGGUUAUCUCCGAUGUUUAUUAUUAAUCUGGGCAAAACAGUGACGACACAAUAAAAAUCUUUCUUUAUUAAUUCAAAAACAUGAUUCAUCAUCAUUCUACUACGAAUACCUAAACUCGUAUUUGUGUGUGCAUUUAUCCGUGAUAAGCACAAAGUAAAAAAAAAAAGUGCUAACCUUCCAAAAAUAUUUAUUAUUAUUAUUUUAUUAUUUGACGACGCAAAGAUUUUUUUAGUAGUGAAAAAUCCAAAAAAAAACCCAAAAAGAAAGAACAAACAAAAGAGACGAAAAAAAAACAAAACAAUUUUUUUUAAUGAAAAUACAAAACCAGAUUGAAAUCAACUCGUGAUUGAUUUUUUUUUUUUUUCAAAAUGAACCAUCCUUUGGAACAAUCUUUAUAUAAUCCAAAUGAUAAUUCGAUAAAUCUAAAUAAUAUCGAACAACCACUCGAUACAAUACGAUUAAACAAUAACGUCACUUCUACUGUGAAUGGGAAUGGAAAUAUUAAUAAUAAUUCCCAUCACAGUGCAAUAAACAUUGAUGUACACAACACAUCAACAUCGUCAGGUCUAUCCACUGUUGACUCACCACAAACUGUGCAACAAAACUUCUUAUCAUUCCUAAACGAGGCACGAAGUCACCUUGGUGGUGGUGGUGUCAGUCGACCUGUUAAUCUGCAUCCAAACAAUAAUGAGACUGCUGUCCACCAUCAUCACAAUCAUCAUCAUAAUGGUGUUGUCAUCCCUGGAGGACACCCUCCUCCUCCAAUCGAAGAUAGCAAUGUCAAUCGUUGGAGAGUGAAUCUAAACAAUGUAUUGUCAUUCUCGGCUGGCCCAUCCACAGAAACCAUUCGAUCGUGGAUACCGAGAACAGGUACCUUUCGAUAUGUUCCCUUAAAUCGAUCUUCCUCUUUAAAUAGUGGCCGGGAUCAACAACGAGCAGCUGGAGUAGCAGGAGAAUCUGCUCCAGCUGCUACAAAUGAUGUUAUAAUAAACUUUAGCACAAUAGCGCCCUCUGGUGGGGUCGAUCGUGAUAGUAGCUUAUCAAUUAAUCGGGAGCCACGAACUCCACCGAUUCUAACACGAAUAAGCAGUAUACCGAGAAGCAAUAUCGGAUCUGGUGAUACAACACCGACGACAAAUGGUGGUGGCAAUCCAGGAACUCCACCAUUAAUUCAGUCGAACGACAACAAUCGUGGUGCCCCAUCUACACCACCAACACCACCUCCAUCAGGAGCAGCAGCAGGAGCUACAGCUCAGCAACGAAAUCCACUCGAAAUUGAUGAAGAUAAUUUAGUCUAUGAGUUGGUUGUGAAAGUUUUAAGUCACUUUGUUCGAUACCUUCCUUUUAUUGGGAUUGUAUUAUUAAAAGCCAUCUAUGACCAUUGGUUGGGUAUUAUAGAUGUUUUAGUUUUACAUACUGUGGUUUAUCAAGUUAAUAAAUCAUUGUGUGAGCAAGUGACUAAGAUGUCACAAAAGAGUCUGGGAUUAUUGUUUCGUGAUUAUUUGCUGCUAACAUUUGUAUUAGUUUAUCGAUUUAUGAUGGCUCAUAGUCAACCGGAUUAUUUUGGAUUGCUAUUGAAUACAGCUAUUGAUCCUAAAUCACUUGGACAAUUAUUAUAUGCGGUGGCUGUUAAUGAUCUCAUAUUGAAACUUAUAACGAUCAAAAUUAAAAUAUUAGUUACAGCUCUACCAACAGAUGUUAUAAAGCAUAAGUCAAGGGGAAGGCUUUUUGCUCUGAUCGAAGCCAUCUCACAACUUUAUAGAUCUUUGGUUCCGGUUAAGUCGUGGAUGCUGUACUUGUUAGUGUCCUACACAGGAUUUGAUAUCAUCGUUGGAAUGUUUUUCUUCUCAUCUUUGUACAUGGGUGCCAAAGCUUUUGAGUUCGUUGAACGUGGUAAAUUUUUGAAAAAAGCAUUUUGUAGUUUCCUCAGAAAUGUGGAUUAUGGUCGACAACCAUCAAAAGAGGAACUAAGCGAGGCCGGGGCCACUUGCCCCAUCUGCCAUGAUAACUAUGACACCCCCGUGGUUCUGGAAUGCAACCACAUCUUUUGUGAGGUAUGCGUGGGUACAUGGUUCAAACGGGAGCAAACCUGCCCCAUGUGCAGAGCCAAAGUUGCAGACGAUCCAACCUGGCAGAAUGGAUCAACCACCCUAUUCUACCAGCUCUGUUAAACAGACAGUGUAUGUUAUUGAGUUAUUAUAAUUAUACAAUCCAAAACGUGAUGCAAGAUUUUAAUGUUAAAACUUUUAUUUUAUUAUUACUACUAC